CAUCUUCCUUCGGAAAUAAGCAAUCUAUGUCUCUUCUUCUCUUUUCCGAUCGCUAUUUAAUGGCAGUCUCUGUCUUUUCUCCUUCAUGAGCUUAUAAUUAACUCUUUUCUUUUAGUUCAUAUAGUUCUUUAAGUUUGUUCUUGCUGGUGAAUUGGGGAAGUACAAGAUUUUUUUGGGGAGGAUUUAGAAGAUAUCUCAAACCGUUGAUAACUCGGAAUGGCUUUUCUGGAGAGUGAAGUGGUGCCAUCUUCUCUUGUGGAGCUUGCACCAAUCCUUCGUGUAGCCAAUGAAGUAGAAGCUAGUAACCCCCGUGUUGCUUACUUAUGUCGGUUUUAUACGUUUGAGAAGGCAUGCAAGAUUGAUCCCACAUCACGUCAUCGUGGUGUUCGCCAGUUCAAGACUGCGCUUCUUCAACGCUUAGAACAUGAUGAAACAAUUCGUGCAGAUAGGCAGAAGGGUAGUGAUGCUUGCGAAAUGCAAAGCUUUUAUGAACACUACAGCAAGACAUAUAUUCAGCCAUUGCUAGACGCUGCUGACAAAGCUGACCGUUUUGCUUGUAGUGCUCAACUCAAAAAGGCAUAUCAAACUGACGCUAUUUUCCUUGAAGUCUUGAAGUCGUUAAAAGCGGAAGUGGCUGAUGAGGUUUUGGAAGCCCAUAGAAAGAUCAUUGAAAGAAUCCAGAUUCUAUGUGCCUUGGAUGACGAUGAUGACAUUUUUGAGGAAUGUCCACCUCAAGAACCAAUUGGAGUUCAGGAAUGCCCACCUCAAGACCCAAUUGGAGUUGAAGAAUCCAAACUGAAAGGAGAAAAUGUUGAUCAAACAUCUUUUCUUAUUAAUACUAUAGAAGAAGGAAACAAACAACUUCUAGAGCAAUUGAAGAAGACAAACGAACAAAGACAACAGAUUCUGGAUAUUCAAAGUAAAACUUACGCACUGAAAGAAAUUGGAGAGGAAAACAAGAUCUUACUGCUGGACUUGAGUUCUAUACAAAAUCCGCAUAUUCGUUCAUUUAUGGAGGGUGAACAAACAAGGAUUUUGCAAAAGCGUAAUUAUCAAUACUGAUAUUAAGAAUCUACCCUUUGCUAUAUUUCUAGCUUUGGCAAUAUUUUAAUGAUCUUGGUGCAUCUAAAAAUGAUUUACCAGAUGAUUAAUUUAAUAGUCUUUGUUGUGUUUAUCUUUAACUUUGCUACUCUAUCUAUUAUGAAUUCAGUA